CUCGCAUUUCUCUCUCCAAAGAUAUACUAGCAACCGAUCUUAUUCAGAAUAUACCAACGGUACUAAUACUAUGAGAAUUUCUUCUUUCUGUUCCGAAAACUAGAAAUCUUCUUAAAGCGCCCGUCUUUCCGGUCCUUUGGCUAUGCCUCCCAGAAAAAGGGCAAGAGGGGGCGGAAACGCGGCCGCUGCAACGCCGACACAGGCUCGGGAUGAGGAUGCUAUGGACAUUGACACACCUGCGACUUCAGAAACGCCUAAUACAUCAGCCGUAAUUGGGCCUGCCCCGCCACCAGCGCCAGCGAGAGAGUGGCCAAACGACGCAUGGACAGACGACCAAGUAUGCUCCCUCUUCAAGGGCGUCGUGCGGUGGAAACCAGCAGGCAUGCACAAGCACUUCCGGAUGAUUGCUAUCAGCGAGCACCUUCGCCACCACGCCAUCGACCCAGCCGUCCAUCCUCACACUCGCAUCCCCCACAUUUGGACCAAGCUUCGCACAUUUUAUAACCUGGACGCCAUUGAUGUGCGGGAAGACUUUUUCGACGCUCAGGAGGACGAGAACUACGAAGAGCGCUUUCGCGAGUUUACCCUCCCCCCGGCCGAAUUCGAGGACCUCAUGAUGGAACGCGUCCGCGCCGACCCCAGCGAAGCACCGACGUCCCCGCCCCAGCUCGACCCCGACGACCCUACGGCAGGCGAGACUGCGCGCCCAGGGGGGUCCGCGCGGCCAUCCCCGGCCGCCGCGGGAGGAGGCACCAAGAGGAAAAAGCGUACUUCCACUGCAGCGUUCAAGGCUCGAGCUAGUACCGUCGAGGACACGGAUGAUGCAUCUGAGUCCCUGUCGCCGCCGCCCAAGCCUGCGACGCGGGGACGGGGCCAGAGAAGGGGGGCGGUCGGCAGGCCGAGGGCGCAGCGGAAGGUCGAGUCGACAGAGCCGGAAGAAAACGAGGUGGACGAGGAGGAGGAGAGCGACGAUGAGGAUGCGCGUACAGGUAGUGGCAAUGAGGAUGAGGAGGAGUCGAGCUCGGAAGAGAGCGUGGCGCCGUCCAAACCGACCAGGGGAGGCGGUCGGGGUAGGGGUCGGGGUCGGGGCGGUAGAGGCCGGGGUCGCGGACGUGGUCGCGGGUAGGGCCGUGGCGGUGGUCGGGGUAGUCGCGAUGGCUCUGGUGGCUCCGGUGGCUCCCGAGCCGGACGAAUGGCGAAGUGAACAUCAUUAACAUCAUUAAAAACGUAGAUAGACACCAUGGAUAAGCCGGAAUGAUACCCAUUGUUUUGCGAGGAAG